AGGAACAUUUGGAAUAUGGCGUCACAAGUCGUUGUAGAAGUAAGUCGAUAGCCAUACCUUUUAAAUCGACUAUUUCUCCCUGCAUUUAAAUUAAUUUGUGAUUAACCGAUCCCUUGAUUUAAAGGAAAAGAUCUGAACGGAGUUUUGUACUUUUCCUGUAGAGUGAGGGUUCUAGAUCAACUGCGAUGGAAGGCGAAACUAGUGCAAGCAAGAGUUCUGUCUUAGAUGAAAACAAUGAAUUAGAGGCUGGUCCUUCAUCGUCGUCUUCCUCCACAUCAGCCGCUGAUAAACGAGCGGAAAGAAUGAAGAGAUUGAGAGAGCUUCAUCUAAGAAGGGUUAAGUCAUUGUUUCUGUUUGUUACAAAAUAUAGAAAAGCUGUGUAGGUUACAUAUGGAUCGGAUUUUUGCCUUAAUAUAAAUUGAGAUGAUUUUUUUGCCUGUUUUUGACAAUUAAUUAGACUUGUCUGGGGUCUAUAAGUUAUCAAAGUAUGUUGUUGAAUUUAACGAGGAACAGUGAUUUCGUGAAUUCAUCUCUGAAACUCGUCAUUUUAAAUGUUUACAGAAUGAAGCACGUAAGUUAAAUCAUCAAGAAGUGGCAGAAGAAGAUAGGAGAAAGAAGCUACCUAAAAACUGGGAAGCUGUGCAGCGAAGAGUAGAAUGGGAGAACAAAGAAGAAGAGGCUAAAAAGGUAUAUAGAUAUAUAUAUGCAAAUGUUUUUAAUUGUACAUCUCAUACUGAUAUUAAAAAACUUUUAUUGCUGGUUAUCGUUGAUAUUCUUUGAAGCAGGCAAUGACCAGAAAAUGAAGGUGUCGUAAUCCUACUAGCUAUUAAUAACUAUGCUGACUCAAGUAGUACCAUUGACUUUUUUCAGUCUGUGGUAAUUAAAUGUAGUCCUGGACAAGGCUUUUUGGAUGUCAUGUGUAAUAUUCUUGUUCUGAGCUUGUCUCACCUUGCCACAAAAUUGUUUAUCACUAGACUUUAGUAAGCCACAAUGCUGUCACUGCUUUGCAUAUCUUAGCCACUUGAUUCUACCAAUUCUCUUCCAAAAGAUAUAGAUAAUUUAUUGCCAAGACUUAGCAAUUUUGGUGUAUAACAUGAAAGGGAAAGUUUGAGAAUGAUGAAUAUGAUGUAAACAUGAGAAAAUUGUUUUUUGAAAUGGUAGUCUUCUCAAUAGAGUGUCUUAACUACUUUUGUUGGUUUUUGCCAUUUGUCAUGUCAGAUCAAUCCACUUUUUGUAACAUUCUAGAAGGGAAUCUUAUGAACAAUGCAUACCUAUGGUUUUGUAUUAUAUAAUCAUAUGGAUAAUCCCCUGACUGUCUUAGGAAGCUGAUUCACGGGGAGAAGAUUAUGACAGAGUAAAGUUGCUUGAGAUAUCUGCAGAGGAUGCUGAUAGAUUUGAGAGAAAGAGGAAAAAGAAGAACCCUGAUCAAGGUUUUUCAGGUACGCUAUUGAUUUUUAAAUUAUUUACAAGCAGUUCGGCAGUUUUAUGUACUUUGAAUUCAUAUAUGUUUUUCUUUCUUGAAAGGAGUCUAUACAAGAAUUUGCCUCUGCUAUGAAUCAGUUAUUCAAUAUAUUUUUCUAGGAGCGUGUGAACUAGUUCUAAUGCAUGAAGUGACUUAUCUGGCAGAAAAAUCUGAGAACUUUCUUGAGGAUAGCUUUUUCAUUUUUCUUUGGCAGAUUUUGCUGCAGCUCAAUACAGACAGUACCAACGCCUCACCAAGCAAAUGAAACCUUCAAAUGAAGAUUACAAAAAAGAGGUUGAGCAAAAGUAAGAGGAUGAUUGGUGUAGGGUUGCACGAUUGUUGUAAAAGCUCUAAUUUUUUCAUUUUCUGUGCAGAUCAAGGUGGUAAAGGUAUGAGUAAGUUUGAAUAUUCUAUUUGUGUUUCUUUGCAGUGUAGUUCUUAUUAAGUUAAUGAAGUACAUGCUAGUGAAAGAAGUGUAAGGCAGAUAACUCUCCUGUGGAAUGAAAGGUGUAUACCAAGAAAUCAAGUCUUGUUAAUUUGUUCAAACAACCAAAAAACCCCUUUCCCCUGUUUUUGCCAAAGACUUCUCGCUUACAUAUUGAAGUUUACUAAUGUUUGGCAUUUAAUUUUAACUUCAGUCAUGGUAUCUUAAAUAGUGAUGCUUUAUUGUUUUACUAUUUGCACUAAAAUAAAUAACCAUUCCUCUUCAGAGGGGAAGCCAUGUUUCCCACUGUAGAUGAUGUCAGCUAUGGAGGGCAAGGAAAAGUUCCAAAGGCUGCUGUAGACAGAAUGGUUGCAGACUUAGAAAAACAGUAAGUACAUGAUAUAAUUUUGACCAACAUUCAUCUUGAAAAGGUAGUGUCAUACAAAAUUACCUGUAAGAGUUUUUUUUAUUGUGUGGCUAUCUUUGCAAGCAGGUAAUAUAAUGUGAUUGCCAUGUUCUGAUUGGCUACCAAAUAUUUAGUUUAAUUCAUAAAAUUACACUUAUUAUUUAUUGCCUUUGGACCAUAAAAUUUCUGACAGAAUACUGCUACACAUCAUGUAUAUAUAACUUCAUAUAACUAUGUAACUUCAGAAGAUAAGAUACUUCUGCCACUAAUGUUAUGAGCUGUUUAGAAAAAAAAUAGAUAGUCAACCACCUGGUAGAAAGUCCCUCUCAGUCUAUUAAUUGAUAAUUAUGUUUCUUAUUUUUAUAUCACUGUCAUCAAGUUUUGUUUUUAGAGAGCAAUGUUGAUGCAUACUCCAUAGCAAUAGUUAGUGCUGGCUGAAUGUUUGGUGAACUUAACUCUUGAUCAAUUAGUGGGUGUUCAAGCCCUAUUUGGAUCAAUGUGUUGUGUUCUUGGGCAAGACACUUAAACCUCAAAGUGUCUCUCCCCUACUUUCACAAUGCCUCUCAUCACUUAGAAUUGUAAAUUAUAAAUUGGGAUCAGUGAUUGAGAGCCUAAUAGACUAGCAUCCUAUUUAGGAGUAAGCUGCAUGCACAGCAAUUGGAGCUAAUUUUCUCCAGAGAAUCAAUUUAACCUGCUUUUCAUGAUAUGCAUCUUUUUCCUUCUUGGACCUGACAGUUAAUCAAAACACCAUGUAAGCUUUUGCUGCUUUGGCUUAUCUGUAAACUUACAAUCCUCCAGACAUGGUUUGAUGCUACUCUGGUUUGCAGAUUCAAUGAAUGUAACCGAAGAAGUUAGGAGUGUUGAAAUGUUGGGUCUAUGAAUUGUAACUUCUUUGGUUACAUUCAUUAAAUCUGCAAACCAGAGUAGCAUCAAACCAUGUCUGAUUGUCCACCUGGUUGCCGUGUGAACUUUAAUAUAUUUUACAAUCCUCCUUUGAUCACAUUUGCAUACUUUCUGAAUUUCAGGAUUGACAAACGAGAAAAGUACAGCCGAAGAAGAGCUCACCUGGAUGAAGAAGAUAUAGAUUACAUCAAUGAACGCAAUAUGAAAUUCAACAAGAAACUGGCAAGAUUCUAUGACCCAUUCACUGCUGAAAUCAAACAGAACCUAGAAAGAGGCACUGCAAUUUAGGCAGUUAAUUGCUAAAUUCAUUAUCUUCUUUGAGAACUAAAUUUCAGAAAAAUGUAUGCAGCAGCUAGAAAGGAGAUCUGAAAAUCAGAUAUCAGUAGUAGAGGGUUGGUAGUUCAAGUGAUGUUUCAAUUCAGAGUGCAUGUGUUGUUUCAAUAUUUGGCUUUCAGUCACUCUUGAGAGAGCAGGAAUCUUAUAAAAAAAGUGACUUCCCAUUUAUUUUGUAGAAAAGUAGUGCUGGCAGUUGUACAGUGGACAUGGAAAUUAGGCAGGGGUCAAAACGUCAUUUUUUGUGAGAUUUUUAAAAGAUGUUUGGGUCAGCUGCAUGCGCAGAAGGUUAUAACAGAAUUGUGGUGUCAUUUAUUUUUGAGGUUAGUGUAUUUCAAGUUAAUGUUGCAUGAUUUAUGUUGUUGAUUAUUAAUUUACCAUUUAAGUGUAAAUGAUUUUUUUAUCAAACUUUCCCACAUACUGAAGUCAAUGUACUUGACCUUUAUGUUGCAUGAUUCACGUUUUUGGUUAUGUAAUUUACUGCUUAAGUAUGAGUGAUUUUUAUCAAACACUCCUUAUACUAUGGUAGUUAAGUUUGAAAACGUGGGUGAAAACUGGAUUCAGGCUUGCAUGUCCAUAUCCUUGGAUAUUUCCCACUGAAUGCACAACAAUCUCUUGUUUAAGGUCACCUUUAAUCACAUAGCAUUUCAACGUAAUAAUACAACAGACGACAAAUCCUGUGUCAAGUGAACACCCAUGGACCUUAGUAUAAGGUUUCCUCCUAGUAUAGAGUUUGGACUAUUAUGUUGAUGAGAUAAAUAUUAAUAGGUGAAAGAGAUUUCUUGAAUGAAUGGAGUAUAACCUUAAACUGUAAUCUAUAAAAAAAUAAAGCUUGAAUCUCUUAAUUAAAGAAAGGGCUUAAGUUCAGAGCACUUUGAUGGUUUUCUACUAAAAACAAGUCUGUGUUUUGAUAAAUAAUAGACUGUUACAGGACUUGAGUUGUUGUCUGCUUGAUGCAAGGUGUGCACUUGAUAGAGUCUGCAGUGCAGGUUUUACUGUAUUACUUUCUCAACAAACUUGCAAGGACUUUAAUCUAUGGUCAACUCAAGUCCAUCUUGUGGAUAGAUAAACAUGUAACUUACACCUUUGAGGUCAGAGAUGAAAUGAGAUAUUCAAAAAGAAAACUUUUAAUUCGCAUCGAACAAGCUGAUCUUUAAAACGGAAGAUUAAUGAUGAAUUGAAGUUCAAAGUAAAAGGUUAGACCUUGACAACAGUUAAAUACUGUUGGUUUUCCUUGUUUUCCUGAAAGUUUUAGGGGGGCCGCAGGUUUUUAUGAUUGCUCCUCAGUUAAGUCCAACAUCUUUAUAUCAUUCCAUUUUCAUGGUAAGUAUGGCAUUAAUUUGUGCAUAAUUUACAUCACUGACUGAGAUAUGUAAUGACGCACACUCACCUAUGCGAUCAAGUGAUUAAACUAGCG